AUGGACGUUCAAAUUCCACCACCUCCUCCACCUCCACCAUCAUUUCUUACUGAAACGACCACUUCACAAUCAACAGUACCACCACUCCCUCCUUCAGAACCAGUAAUUACAACAACCACAAGCGUAGCUGCUCCUGGUGGUCAAGAUCGUAUUUGGCUGCAUCCAUGGACAGUAACCGAAAUGCGUGAACAGGCAUCCCAGUGGUCAUUGGCUGGUGAUGCUGGUUUAUUACUUCAUUUGGAACAAUUUUCUGAUACAUUAGUUCAACGAGCUGAUGCUAUUCAACAACAUUUAAAUCAAACAGUUAAUGCUGUUAAAAGUACACAUACACGUGUUCAAAAUUGUCUUAAUGAAUUUACAUCAUUAGCUAAUACACAAUUUAUUGAAAAUCGUGUCUAUGAUGAAGAUGAAACAGUGAAUGCAAAAACAUCUAAAAAAGAUGAACAAUCUACAGAAAAAACUUCUAUUAGUAAUAGUGAAGCACAAGAAAAAGUUUUACAACGUUAUGUUGAAGCAAUUCAAUAUGGUUUAUCUAUUCUUGACACACAUUUUGAACGUGUUGAAGCUAAAUUAGAUAAUAUUCAAAAUGGUGUUUCAUCUAUUGUUGAUGAUGAUGAAGAUGUUGGUGUACCAAUUGAACCUAUACUUGAACCAAAAGAUCCUUAUAUAUUUCGACCAUUACCAUACCUUAUUGGUACAACUGAAUUUAUGCAAGAUGAUUUUGUUGGUUUAGGUGAUUUAUUAAAUGUACAUGAUCAAGAUACAUAUGAUGUUGAACAAAUAGCAAAAGUUGACUCAGAUUCAGCAUUAUCCAGUUCGGAUGAAGGAGAUGAAGAAGAUGAAGAUUUUCAAGUUCAAGUAUCAUCAGUACCAAUUGUUCCAGCUGGUGCUAGUCGUCCAGAUAUAGUUAAUCGACCAGCACCUACACGAACAACAACUGUAUUAACGGAGAGUGAAGAUGAAGAUGAUCCAUUUGGUAUGAAUACUGGUCCGAAAUUUGAUGAUUUUUCACCGAAAAAAACAGUCUAUACUGAAUUAUCGGAAGAACCAACAGUUUCUACAAAACCUAAAAAAGAAGAAUUUUCUCAAGAAUCAGAUAAUGAAGAUAGUAUGUUUGGUAUUCCUGUUAAGAAACCUCAAGCUGUUAUUGAAAAUAAUAAUAAUAAUAAUAAUGAAAAUUUUGAUAAUGAAUCAUUAACAUCUAAAGAAUCGAAUGAACCUGAAGAACAAAAACAUAUCGGUGGUAUAUCGAUAUUUGGUGGCGCACAAAAAGGAAUGUCAGAACUUGAAAAAGCUGUUCUACGACGACGAAAAGCAAUGGGUGAUCCUGAUGUACCAUCAGAUAAUGAAGACGAAGAUAUUAAAAAACCGACUAAAACAUCAAAUGAAACUAUUUCUUCCAUUGUUACAAAAACAACAACAAAAUCUUCACUAGAAGAACCAUCAUCCAGCACAAUAUCAAAUCUUACUUCACAACCAUUAACAAAAGCUGACAAGGUAAAACACAAUGUAUUUCUCUAUACUGAAAAUGAGAGAUGUGUAGAGUAG